AUGGCCGUCCAGUCAACACUUCGGGAGGAUCCUCUCUUGACCCUCUAUCGCCAUUACUCCGAUCUCGUGCGCUCCAAAUUACGACAUGCCUCCAAGACCACACGCCUGAUAGCGACCGUUGCCCUACUAUUCUCCAUCGUCACCUCCGGGUAUGGGGGCUACAGGUGGUUCCGAGCGAGAGUCAAGGAGCGAGCCCAGGGCCGCCGGCUAUUACGACGCAACUCCGGUAUCCGGGGUAAGGAUGGUUCCCGUACCAUCUACGUACCAUAUAAGGAUUCAUUGACCUCGAAGGUCUUGAUCCACCCAACCAAACCCACGACCUUUGACGCCCAUCGUCGGCUGUUCCUGAACCCCCCUGCCUCGGCUCGCAGCAAGAAUGACGCAUCGACGAGUCAGAUCCCUCCUCCCGCCACCAAGCCUGGUCUCAACUUGGCCUUCCUACAUCAGUUCUUGAGCUUGGGAAGCAUCAUGGUCCCGCGAUGGGGGAGCAAGGAGACCGGAUUGUUGAUGAGCCAUGGGCUCUUCCUCUUGAUGCGAACAUACCUCUCACUGCUGAUUGCGCGGCUGGAUGGUGAGAUUGUGAGGGAUCUAGUUGCCGGCAAAGGGAAAGCCUUCCUUUGGGGCAUCCUCAAGUGGUGCGGAAUUGGAACUCUCGCUUCGUACACAAAUGCGAUGAUCAAGUUCCUUCAGUCGAAGGUUUCCAUCGCAUUCCGGACUCGGUUGACUCGGUACAUUCACGACCUGUAUCUGACCGACAAUAACAAUUAUUAUAAGUUGAUGAAUCUGGACGGUGGAAUUGGCCAAGGUCCCGACCAGUUCAUCACACAGGACCUCACGCUCUUCUGCACGGCUGCUGCAUCACUAUACUCCUCGAUGGGCAAGCCGUUGGUAGAUCUGUUUGUGUUCAACUACCAGCUGUAUCGCUCGCUCGGUCCACUCGCUCUGAGUGGUAUUCUAGCGGGGUACUUCAGCACUGCUGUCCUGCUACGGAAACUCUCUCCGCCGUUUGGAAAGCUCAAGGCGGUGGAGGGCAAGAAAGAGGGUGACUUCCGUGGUCUGCACUCUCGACUCCUAGCAAACGCUGAGGAAAUUUCCUUCUAUGGCGGAGCAGAUACCGAGCGGAUAUUCCUAGUCAGGAGCUUCAAGGAUCUGCAGCGAUGGAUGGAAGGCAUUUACAGCCUUAAGAUCCGAUAUAACAUGCUCGAAGACAUGAUCUUGAAGUACUCAUGGUCCGCAUUUGGCUACCUCAUCACUUCAUUGCCUAUCUUCCUUCCCGCCUGGGGCGGAUCGGGCGGUAAAUUGGAGCUGGCGAACGCACCCGAAGGGAUGGGCCGAGAGCGCGGCCGUAUGAAGGAGUUCAUCACCAACAAACGUCUUAUGCUUUCAUUGGCCGAUGCAGGAGGCCGCAUGAUGUACAGCAUCAAAGACAUUUCCGAACUGGCCGGCUACACCUCUCGCGUCUACGGUCUCAUUGCCACUCUGCACCGUGUCCACGCAGAUGCCUACUACACCCCUCCCGGCGCUCACCCCGAAUUGUACUCCCUUGCCGAUUCCCAAGGCACCACGCACAAUGGCUUCGACGGGCUCCGUCUGGAACAGGUUCCUAUCGUUGCGCCAUCCCUCUACCCAAUGGGAGGUGAUGAGCUCAUCGAGUCACUCUCAUUCAUCGUCCAUUCCGGCGACCACCUUCUUAUCUCUGGCCCCAACGGCGUCGGCAAAUCCGCCAUUCCACGUAUCGUCGCCGGCCUCUGGCCCGUCUACCGCGGGUUGGUCAGCCGACCCCGCGGAUUCGGUCUCGACGGCAUCAUGUUCCUCCCACAGAGACCAUACCUCAGCGUCGGCACCCUGCGCGACCAAGUCAUCUACCCACACACGGAGAUCGACAUGCGCGAGGCCGGCGAGUCAGACGCUGCACUGCAGAAGAUCCUCGACGACGCGCAUCUGGGAUACUUACCGCAACGUGAGGGCGGCUGGGACGCUCGCAAGGAGUGGAAAGACGUUCUCAGUGGUGGUGAGAAGCAGCGCAUGGGUAUGGCCCGGCUAUUCUAUCAUGAGCCGCGGUAUGCGUUCAUGGACGAGGGCACUUCGGCUGUCUCUUCAGACGUCGAGGGCUUGUUGUAUGAUAAUGCCAAGGAGCGUGGAAUCACGCUCAUUACCAUCUCGACGCGGGCGUCUUUGAAGAAGUACCAUACCUUUAACUUGACUCUUGGUCUUGGUGCUGAAGGCGAGGCCUGGGAAUUUGAGAGAAUCGGCACUGAGAAGGAGAAGCUGGGUGUUGAGAGGGAGUUGCAGGAGUUGCGCAAGCGUUUGGAUAAGGUUGAUGAGUGGAAGCAGCGUCGCGAGGAGAUUGAUGCUGAGCUUCAGAAGGUCUGGGCGAAUGGUGCUGAGGUUGCACCACCACCUUAUCAGGAGAAGCAUUCUGGGUCUGAAGAUCUUGAGGGAAGUGCAGAAUAUGCGAAUUGA